AGGAAACUCUAAAGUUAAAGGACUCUAUAUGCUGGCGGCUGAAGAUCUUUUUUCUGUUUUAAAACAACAGUCUUAUAAUGAACUUAAGGUUUUUGUGAGUCUGUUUGAAAUAUACUGUGGAAGCUUAUACGACCUGUUAAACAAUCGAAAAAAAGUUCAAGCCCGGGAAGAUGGAAAACAAAGAGUUGUUAUCCAAGGUUUAAAAGAAGUUCAAAUUUCCGGGACUUCACCACUUUUGAAGUUAAUUACUCAAGGAGGCUCAGAAAGGAGUACCGGUCAAACCGGCGUAAAUGUUGACUCAUCUCGGUCCCACGCUAUUCUUCAAAUUACUCUGAAAAAGAACGGGGUUGAGGAAUAUGGGAGUGAAAGAGCAGCAGAUACUACAGAACAUGAUAAGCAAACAAGGAUGGAGGGCGCCGAAAUAAACCAGAGCUUAUUGGCUUUGAAGGAAUGCAUCAGGUCAUUGGAUCAGGACUCCAAGCACACGCCCUUUAGGCAAAGUAAACUAACUCAGGUUCUUCGAGAUUCGUUAGUCGGAGGCUCCAUAACAUGUAUGAUAGCGACGAUUGCUCCCAAUAGUUCUUCGGUAGAGCACACGCUUAACACACUUCGAUAUGCUGAUAGGUUCCAAGCUACAGUAAAAGAACUGAGAAGGAACAAACAUUUUAUCGAAUCGGCAGGAGGCAGAAGUAUUUAUACAAAGCAAAAAGCCAAGAGAACAGAAAAUAACGCUAAAGAGAAUAACACACCGUUGAAAUUACCUUCACUACGAAACACGAAUCUUGAUGUCCCUAACAAGAGCUUUGCAAAACUUUUACGAUACAAUGAUUCCCCACCACAAAAAGCUAUUUCUCUGGUGCCUUCACCCUCACCUUCAAGCAAUUAUCCAAGUGAAGCUUCAUCUUAUCAUAAUGCAUCAAUUGACUGCAGCUUUAACAGUUGGGAUACCUCCUUUGCAGAAAGUUUCGUGGAGGAGUGCACUUUGACGCCUUAUCAUCAUCCUUCUCCUUGCCGUGUUACAACAGCUAAUCACAGUAAAAACUCUGUCAAAGCCGACUCUUCUGAACUACUUUUCACCCCAUCACCGCGCACAAAGCCAGCGCGGAGCCUUUCCUCCACUGAGAAGUAUUCAUCCAUUGAAAUCUGCACUCCUCGACGCGUUCCCUUUACCGAUUUGAGUAGCAAAAGAGUCGAGAAGUCAUCUACACCUGUAAGAAACAGUCUUCAAAAUGAGAAAGACUUUCUUUUUCUACAUAAGACAUACACUUCAGUACUUAACGAACUUUCAGAGGAGGAAGCGCUUUUGCACAAACAAUAUCUUCGCCAACAGACUACUUCUUCGAAGUACGCCAAGCAGAUGUUUGACUUGCUCGAAAGAAAAAUUAAAAUAAUUAAGGACUACCAAAAAGAAUUAGCUUUUUAA